CGCUCGGGAUAUAUAAAAGCCCUGACUUGAUCGCUGCAAAGCUGGCACAGUGGCACUAAGAAUUCUUGUUUCAAGUUCUGAACCGUUCAUUUAUUAUUUAUCUAUCGUACUACUUUAACUACUAUGUACGCUAAAUUUUGCUCAUAGUCGGAUUGUUUUAAUUGUAUUACAGUAGUAGUUGGGCAGACGCGGGCAGCGAUACAGUAAUUAUGCCACGCGAAAUUAUUACCUUACAGCUUGGACAAUGUGGCAAUCAAAUCGGGAUGGAAUUCUGGCAGAAACUUUGCCAGGAACACGGAAUCAGCCCGGAAGGUCACCUGCUUAAUCCAGCCUCAGCAGCAGGAGUGUAUGAUCGGAAGGAUGUGUUCUUUGCGCAGGCUGACGAUGAUCAUUAUAUGCCGCGAGCUGUUCUCGUCGAUUUGGAACCGCGUGUUGUCAACGGGAUCCUCAACAACUACUCUAAGCUGUAUAACCCGGAAAACAUUUACAUUUGCAAAGAAGGUGGUGGAGCGGGAAAUAAUUGGGCAGCUGGAUAUGAAGCUGGAAGCAAGCACGAAGAAGCGGUGUUCGAGAUCAUCAAUCGCGAAGCGGAAGGCAGCGAUGGCUUGGACGGGUUCAUCCUUUGUCAUUCCAUUGCCGGAGGCACCGGUUCGGGGAUGGGCUCUUAUGUCCUGGAAAAACUGCACGAUCGCUUCCCAAAGAAUUCGGUGCAGGCGUAUUCGGUUUUCCCUAAUCAAGCGGAAGAUGCGGCCAGUGAUGUGGUCGUCCAGCCAUACAAUUCUGUGUUGAGUCUGCGCCGUUUGACCGAACAUGCUGACUGUGUCGUGGUCCUGGACAACACUGCCCUGCACCGCAUCGCCAUCGAUCGACUGCGCAUCGAGACCCCUAGCAUGACGGAGAUCAACAACAUGGUGUCUACCAUUAUGUCUGCUAGUACUUCUACACUGCGCUAUCCCAGCUACAUGCACAACGAUUUUGUCGGAUUGUUCGCGCCGUUGGUUCCCACUCCGAAUCUGCACUUCUUGAUGACCGGUUACACGCCUUUGAUUUCACGUAAUCAAGAUCCUGGAGUGAUUCAGAAAACCACCGUUUUCGAUGUGAUGCGGCGUUUGCUGAAGCCUGAUAACAUGAUGGUAUCUACAGGGAAAGCGUACGAAAGCGAUAACUGCUACAUCUCGAUAUUGAAUAUCAUUCAAGGAGAAAUCGACCCUGGAGAGGUGCAGAAGAGUCUGAUGCGGCUGCGUGAACGGAAAGCGGUCAAAUUCAUUCAGUGGGGUCCCGCCAGCAUCCACGUUGCCCAUGCUCGCCGCUCACCCUUCGUUCCCAUGGCGCAUAGAGUCAGCGGACUGAUGCUGGCCAACCAUACUGGUGUCAGUGAACGCUUCGACAUGAUGCUGAAACAGUUCGACAAGAUGAAAAAGAAGAAUGCUUAUAUGGAACAGUUCAAGAAAGAUUCGCAUGACGUGCCGGAAGAUAUGGUGGAAUCGCGGGCUAAAAUACAGGAACUUAUUGAGGAGUACCGUGCGGCUGCCACACCAAACUACCAAGACUACAUCAAAGAAAAGUGCAUGCGGCGUUGAAGGAAUCUUGUGUGUGACGACACACAAGACUCCUUCAACGGUGCAUGAUGCUGUGAAGCGUUGGGCUGAGCCUGUUUUCCCCGUGAAUGUAUUGGUUCUUCAGGAAUCUGAUUUGUUCUCUAAUAAAUCUCUGAUUUACUGCUCAGAAUGUGUUUUUGCUUCUGAUUAAUUAAUUGAUUUCUCUUUUUGUAGCAGAACUUAAUGUGCUUUAUCUUUUUUGUUUAUAACUGUUCUUACCAGUUACUACAUCAAUCAGGAGCAGUUAUGUUAACUUGAUAUCAAAUUUUCCGCGUUUCAGAAAUUUCUUUUUUCCUUUGAUGUUCUUCAGUUCAUGGAAAACAGCUUUUUUAAUCAAAAGUGAACAUGGUUAUCGCCUAUCGGUUGUAUCGCCACUCCCUCAUCACUAAAGAUGUACGUACUGGCCAUGCCAUGACUUUUAUUUCGAUUAAAGUUUU